CGGAGCUUGCAGGAGGAACAUGGCGGACCGGCUCACACAGCUGCAGGACGCGGUGAACUCGCUUGCAGAUCAGUUUUGUAAUGCCAUUGGAGUGUUGCAGCAGUGUGGUCCUCCUGCUUCUUUCAGUAAUAUUCAGACAGCAAUUAACAAAGAUCAGCCAGCUAAUCCUACAGAAGAAUAUGCCCAGCUUUUUGCAGCACUAAUUGCACGAACAGCAAAGGACAUUGAUGUUUUGAUAGAUUCAUUACCCAGUGAAGAAUCUACAGCUGCUUUACAGGCUGCUAGCUUGUAUAAGCUGGAAGAAGAAAACCACGAAGCUGCUACAUGUCUGGAGGAUGUUGUUUACCGAGGGGACAUGCUUCUGGAAAAGAUACAAAGUGCACUUGCUGAUAUUGCACAGUCACAACUGAAGACAAGGAGUGGUACCCAUAGCCAGUCUCUUCCAGACUCAUAGUACCGGUAUCUACCA